AUGUCAGAGAGAUCUGGAUUCAAAAAGAGGAAGGCUGCACCAAAGGUCUCCUUCAAGCCAGAGGGUGACAAGGUCAAAGAGAUCGUCUAUGAUGAUCAUCAGAGAACUGACUACUUAACAGGAUUCCACAGGAGAAAGAAGGCUAGAAGAGAGUUUGCUAUGGAGAGAAUUGCUGUCAAACAGAAGGAGGAACAACGUGAACAGAAGAAGUUGGCAAAGUUGCAAAGAGAGGCAUAUCGUGAUUCAAUCAUAAAGGCAAAGAGGAUUGGUGAAGGAACCGUUGAUGAAGAUGACUUUGAUGAUGAUGAAGAAGAAGAUGUUCAAGAUGGUGAAGAUGGUGACGAUGAUGAUCAAGAUCAAGAUGGAGAUGGAGUUACAAAGAAGAAGAAGAUUAUAAGUACAUCAACAGCUAUUACAGAGACAGUACAACAAGAGUUUAUGAAUGAUCAGAAUGUUAUAACUGCAACUAUAUCACCUUUGAACUUUGAUGACGAUGAUGAUGAGAAUCAGAAUGCUGAUGGUGAAGAUAUUGAAGAUGAUGACGAAGAGAAUGAAGAUGACGAAGACGACAAAACAAAGAAGAUGAAGAAUGGUAAUCGUCAAUCAACAAAGGAAAAGACACCAAAGAAGAACAAAUAUCAAUUGGCAAGAGAGAAGAAGAAGGCUGAGGAGACGAUAUCAUCCGAGCAGUUGACAGUGUUUGACGCAUCAAAGAAGAUAUUCACCGAUAAUAGGACUGGCAAGAAGGUGAUGAUGAAGAAGGAGAAGGGUAAGCUGAUACCCGUCGUCCUGUCGGCCGCCGCCGAGAACGCCAUGCAACAAGGCUGGCAGCUGCCACGUAUGCUGCGUGAGAAGCCCAAGAAGUCAUGGUCCUUCACCGAGGCCAGGAAGUCCAGGAAGAAGACCAGAAAGGAGGGCAAGGGCAAGCCCAGUGCCAAGGCUGGCAAGGAAUAG